GCAAGUGAUAGAAAGGGAAACAUGGGGUCACAAAUUAGACUUUAUACUUUCAUGUAUUGGUUAUGCAGUCGGAUUGGGUAACAUUUGGCGGUUUCCCUAUCUGUGCUAUAGAAAUGGAGGAGGGGCGUUUCUGGUUCCAUAUGCAAUAAUGUUGGUGAUAGCCGGUGGGCCAAUCUUUUUCUUUGAGCUCUCCCUGGGACAAUUCGCAUCCGAAGGACCAAUCACAGUGUGGAAAAUAAACCCAAUCUUCAGUGGUAUCGGAUGGGGUAUGGUCACAAUCAGCGGUCUUGUGUGUGUCUACUAUAACGUGAUCAUAAUGUAUUCCAUCUACUACAUGCUCGUCUCGUUCGUCAACCUUGACGGUGAAGUACCAUGGAUAGAUUGUGACAAUCCAUGGAAUACUGAGAACUGUAGAGCAGACCCAUAUCCUGAUUUUGACAGUAUGACAGACAACGUCACAAAAGUUGAUGAGCUCAUAAAAAUGAUGAAUACUAAAUGCUUAAAUACAACAUUAGCUUCUAUGAAUAUGAAAUGGCAAAGUGUAUAUGAAUUGGGAUACGAUGUAAUCAAAACUAAUUUCUCUGACUGUAAUCGAGUCCUGAAGUUGCCAAGCGAUGAAUAUUGGAAUCGAUACGUUCUGAGACUUCACGAAUCUGACGGAAUCGACAAUAUCAACGGUGUCAGCUUGAAAAAUGUCAUGUGCCUUUUUCUGGCCUGGAUAAUUAUUUUCUUCUGCUUGAUGAAAGGAAUCAAAUCAUCCGGAAAGGUUGUUUACUUUACGGCAACUUUCCCGUAUGUUUUACUGACAGUGCUGCUUGUGAGAGGUCUUACCUUGGACGGUCACAAGGAGGGUAUACAUUUCUAUAUCAUACCAGAAUGGGAGAAACUAAGAGAUCCUAAGGUGUGGUCAGACGCUGCCACACAGAUAUUUUACUCACUAGGACCAGCGUUUGGAAGUCUUAUAACGAUGUCCGGCUUCAACAAGUUUAAGAACAACUGCUGGUUAGACUCUGUUAUUGUUUCGUUUAUCAACUGUGCCACGAGUGUCCUCGGAGGGUUUGUCAUCUUCUCAGUGCUUGGGUACAUGGCACACCAAACUAACCAAGCCGUCGCAGAUGUCGCCGACAGUGGUCCCGGUCUCGCUUUUGUCGCAUAUCCAGAAGGAAUCGCGAGACUUCCGGUUUCAUCCCUUUGGGCCUUCCUCUUCUUUUUCAUGAUUCUUAUACUUGGACUGGACAGUCAG